UUGUGGCAGUAAUAAUGGCACGCCCGAGCAUCGCUGGUUUUAUCGCCCUCUACCUUUUUUCCUUCGGAAAUGUUCAGGGCAGAGCCGGUGUAGGAUCGGGCGAGCAAGAAUGGGAUUAUUCAACUGUGCGUCGGGGUGCUCACAUGUUCUGGUGGUUGUACUUCACCACGAACGAGGACGUCGCAAGCCACUACGAGAAGCCUCUGCUCAUUUGGCUCCAGGGUGGUCCAGGUGCCUCAUCCACUGGAUUCGGCAAUUUUGAGGAACUCGGGCCCUACGAUGUCAACAUGAAUCCACGAAAUUAUACUUGGGUAAAAGACUACAAUGUACUUUUCAUCGACAACCCCGUGGGCACUGGUUUCAGUUACGUCGAAAAUAAUGCUUAUGCCACAACAAACGCUCAGAUCGCCUCUGACUUAGUGGAAACGAUGAGACAGUUUUUUAAAAAAUUUCCGAAAUUCCGUAGCACUCCAACUUACAUUACUUGUGAGUCUUACGGAGGAAAAAUGUCUGCGGAAUUCGCUCUUGAAUGGUACAAGGCACAAACAUCGGGUACCAUUGACAGCAAGUUAAUGGGUGUCGGGCUUGGUGACAGUUGGAUUUCACCGAUUGACAGUGUUCUUACGUGGGCCCCAUUUCUUUUGAAAACAGGUAUGAUUGACACGGAGGGCUUCAAAAGAAUCCAAAAGUCAGCCAUGGACACGAAGGCGGCGGUGGAUGCUGGAAAAUGGUUGGCAGCUACGUCGCUAUGGUCUAGUACGGAAAAUGUUAUUUCAGCGGAAACCGGUGGCAUUGACUUUUACAAUAUUUUAACGAAGAAAAGAAGCUAUUACAAAAAAACAGCCCAAGAUCUCGCGAAAGCAGAAACUCGAGAUGGAGUUGAGGUUGAUGACGAUUUUGCCUUGAAUAAAUUAAUGAACGGUUUGGUAAAAAAUACUCUCAAGCUCAACGUAUCCUGGGGUGCACAGGGAAACAGAGUUUUCAGUUAUCUUUCUAAGGAUUUUAUGAAACCAGUCACUCACAUAGUUGACCGUUUACUAGAAGAAACCGAUCUCAAAGUAUGUGUUUACACUGGACAUUUGGAUUUGAUUGUUGACACACCAGGAACAUUACUGUGGGUUGAAAAACUAAAAUGGAACAACAUCGAUGAUUGGAAAAAAAGUAUAAGGUCACCAUUGACCGUUAACAAUAUUAUUGAGGGUUAUAUAAAAAAGUACAAUAACUUCAGCUUCAUCUGGGUCAGCCGAUCUGGACACAUGGUACCUUCCGAUAACCCUGCAGCCACUUCAGCUAUUCUUAAACAUUUGAUUGGCCAGUAAAAACAUAUGGAAAAAACAUAACAACGAUUACUACUUUUGUUAAAAAAAAAAAAAAUCAUUCUUUGAAGCUAAAAACAAUAUUGAGACAUGCCUAAAAUUAUUUGCUAAUUUUACAUUUGUUGAAAUAAAAUUUAUAAAAAUUCUCAAAAAAAAGUGUGUAAACAAUUGUU